GAGAGAGAGAGAGAGAGACCACAUUGCCUCACGGGAGCACCAUGGAUUUGCUGCAGGACUCUCGGUGGACAAUGCAGGGCCUCAACAGCCGUCUGAAGGGCUUCCUGGAGCAGGUAAACAAGCUGCAAGAGGCAAACUGGCAUCUGGAGGGCCAGAUUGCAUACUGGGGCCUAAAGAACRCCCCGCACCCCCAGGAAUGGACCCAGCAGGAAAGGACUGUGGAMGAUCUCCGUGCCCAGGUUGGUAAACUGCUGAUGGAGAACGCAGAGCUGGUGCUGCAGUCUGACCACAUGAUGUCCAGGGCUUCUACCAUCCAGGCCAGAUGUGAGUUGGAGGAGAGGCUGACCAAGUGUCUGGAGCAACAGGUGGCUCUGCUGAGGGAGAACAAGACGAGGGUGGAGCAUACCAAUGUGCAGGUGGAGGUGGAACUACACAACUCCAUGGCAGAGCUGCAGGACAUGCACCAGGACUAUGUGGCAGCCCGUGCUCUGCAGCAGCAGCAGGCCGACUCCUGUGAUGCGCURCUAGUGACGGCCACAGCGUGGGAGGAGGAUGGCACAGGGAUGGAGCUCUCCCAGCUCCUCGACCGAAUCAGGACGCAGUGCGACCGCCUCAGCCUCACCGGCCUAAAUCAAGUCCCAGAUGACCGACACCCCGGCCUGUCCGCCGGCCCAAAUCAAACUCCAUGCUMCGCUGCCGGGCCGAGCCGUUUCGGAGCCACACUCAGACCCCGAGCCCAUGGAGGAUCUCUCCCACAGCUCAAUGCAGAAGAGGCAGCAUGGACCCAGGUGAACCUCGAGGACUUGCCCUGA